AUGGCUGCCGUCGCUUCCACCGCCGUCGCCGCUGGCCCCGGAGCUAGCAUCUCCGACUCUGCCUUCAAUGACAAGGGCAAGCCGACCGAGGUCCGUCUGUCCAACAUGAACGCCGCCAAGGCCGUUGCCGACGCUGUGCGAACGAGUCUGGGACCGAAGGGAAUGGACAAGAUGCACAUGGCUGUUCUCCACCCCGCUGCUCGUAUGGUAAGUGUAGCUUUCACUCCACGUACUGGAGUCGUAGCUGACAUCCAGCUUGUUGAGCUGUCGAAGGCGCAGGACAUCGAGGCUGGUGACGGAACGACGUCCGUUGUUGUUCUUGCCGGAAGCCUGCUGUCGCAGGCUGAGAAGCUCCUCUCGCAGGGCAUUCACCCGACCACAAUCGCCCAGUCGUUCCAGGGCGCCGCCGCCAAGGCCGUCGAGUUCCUCGAGCAAAUGUCCGUCCCUAUCGACCUGAACGACAAGGAGACUCUCAUCCGCAUUGCCGCUACCUCCCUCAACUCCAAGAUCGUCUCCCAGUACUCCCCCAUCCUUGCCCCCAUCGCUGUCGAGGCCGUCACCCGUCUCGUCGACCCGACCUCAUCAAACGUCGACCUCCGCGACAUCCGCAUCGUGAAGAAGGUUGGAGGAACGAUCGAGGACACGACGCUUGUUGAGGGUGUCGCGCUGAACCAGCCGGUCGUGUCGAGCGCUGGCGGACCGACCCGGAUGGACAAGGCGAAGAUUGGUCUGAUCCAGUUCCAGCUCUCGUCGCCGAAGCCGGACAUGGACAAUCAGAUCGUGGUUAACGACUACAGGCAGAUGGACAAGAUUCUCAAGGAGGAGCGCCAGUACAUCCUGAACCUGUGCAAGAAGAUCAAGAAGACUGGAUGCAACGUCCUCCUGAUCCAGAAGUCGAUUCUGCGCGACGCUGUCACGGACCUGUCGCUCCACUUCCUCGCCAAGCUCAAGAUCAUGGUCAUCAAGGACAUUGAGCGUGACGAGAUCCAGUUCAUCUCAAAAUCGACUGGCGCCAAGCCCGUCGCGGACAUUGAGCAGUUCACCGAGGACAAGCUGGGCGAGGCUGCGCUCGUCGAGGAGGCGGACGUUGGCGGUGCGCGUGUUGUUGAGAUCACGGGCGUCAAGCACCCGGGCAAGACGGUGUCGAUCGUGUGCACGGGCGCCAACUCGCUGGUGCUGGAGGAGUCGGAGCGUUCGCUGCACGACGCGCUGUGUGCGGUCCGUUGUCUGGUCAAGAAGCGCGCGCUGAUUGCUGGUGGUGGUGCCCCCGAGAUCCACGUCUCGCGACUGCUCACGCAGUACGCCCAGACCCUCAAGGGCAAGGAGGCGUACUGCUACCAGGCUUUCGCGGACGCGCUCGAGAUCAUCCCGACCACGCUUGCCGAGAACGCCGGUCUCAACCCCAUCGCCAUCGUCACCGAGCUCAGGAACAAGCACGCCCUCGGAGACGCCAACGCGGGCAUCAACGUCAAGAAAGGCAUUGUCUCCAACAUCACCGCCGAGCAGGUCGUCCAGCCCCUCCUCGUCACCACGAGCGCGGUCGAGCUCGCCGCUGAGACCGUCUCGCUUCUCCUCCGCUGCGACGACCUCGUCAUGGUCAGGUAG